CCUCAUUUCCAUCCCCAUCCCACCAACGCUCUUUCUGCCGGCAACGCACCUUCUCUCUCUCUCUCUCUCUUUGCCACCAAAUGUGUAUCUGAACAGAACCAACCCCCAGUCCCAGAUCCACCUCAGCACGCCCUGAUAAAAUCCCCUCGACCCACGCCCGCCACAACCGCCAUUCCACUGGGUCUCACCCUGCACUCCCCCCAUAUCCCAUAUCCUCCCGCACAUGUGGACCUUUCUCUGGUUCCUGGCCGGUCUCCUUACGGGCCUGGCCUUCGCCCUCUCUCCGUCUUCAUCCUCAAUCGCCAAUACCAAAACUGCUCCUCCUCUACUUAGCCAUCAGACGCCCGCUCGGAUAGACAAGAACGAUACCGCCGUAGAAGCAAAGACGGAGGACGUCCUAGCUUCCGCACCCGAGCGGAGUCCAAAGACUGCUGGGAACAAAAGUCCUGCGGCUGCGCCCAAUACACAUCGUUGCCUGAAGGUUGCCGAGUCAGAUCCUCUCUCUGCUGCUAAUGUAAAUCAGGAAGCCAGCAAAAAGCCCAUCAAGAAAGUCGCAGAGGGACGCAGGGGGACGAGGGGAACGAGGGGCCAUCAAGGCAGUCUGCGCAACAAGAGUACCCGAGCAGGACAACCAGGAAUCGGGACUGUAAAAUUCGCCAACAGCAGCAGCAACGGCAACGAUAUUCAUCCCGGCACUACGGGGGCGGCGCUCCCACAACCAGACCCUAUACCCAUGGAUGCAGAGUCGCGCUGGAGGGACCAUCAUCUAAAACGGCAAUGGGCCCAGUCGAUAAUCAUGGAAUCCAUGGAACCAGUGCUCUCGCGACACCUGCGCCACGCUAUAAAAUCAGUCCUUCAUUUUACGAGCGUUGGACCGGAAACCAUGGACUUGAAGGCGGCCAGUCAAGGGAUGGGCAGUCUGGAUUCUCUCAUGAUGCCUAUCGUAUUGCCAUUGAGGACGCAAUUUCCAGAUACAGAGGGAUCAAGGCAGGCUCAUGGGAGCGGGCUCAGGACAACAGCGCCUUCAAAGUCAAUCACCGUGGAGCAUGCGAAAGCGCUGGACGCAGCAUUAUCUCCCAAUCCCACAACCACCAUUGUCCAGCCUCUGCAACCUCCAGUACCAGUGGAGUCCGCCAGCACUAGGGCACCUCGCUCCACGUCAUUACGCAUCGAUACAUCGCAGUCUGUAACCACUCAAAAUGAACCUGUCCAGCCAUCAUCACCGGCCUCGACACCGAUCAUCAUCCGAGGCUUCAGCUCAGCAUCUAGUAGAGACCAUUUCACAGCAGCAUCUCCCCAGGCAUCUUUAGACACAACAGAAAACAAUACAGGGUCAUUACACGACACACAUCGAUCAACCAGACCCUCACAGCUCGACCUACAGCAACAUCCCAGGGCAGCGAAUGUCUCUGGGCCAUCACCUCCAUCACCGACGCUCAAGAGACUGGAAAGCGGCAGACGAAGAUUCGCGUCCGCGUCAGUUAUACAGGAAUCCGAAAUAGUCGAAUCUUUGAAUGGCGAAGAGCAGUUAUAUCAACAUCAGUCUCAGGCUCAGUCACGGUCGUCGCGCUUGUGGACAAAAGUGCGAAGGGCUGUUCAGGGAGAGUUUGUGAAGCAAGAUGGCCCGCCCAAAAACACAGUUUAUCUCACUGCUGGAAGUGUUGCUGGAACAGCAGUACGAUCCAUGUCUGAUACAGAUCUGUCUUCUCGACCAGUCUCCAUGUCCUCGACAACAUCAUCCAACGCCGCCAUGCCUUCCUUCAGCGGCAGCGCCCUCAGUCUAUUGAGCGACGACCAGAUGUCGCCGCAAAAAGGCCCCACCAUCACAACAUCUGGAUUGAGGGGCUCUAUGGCGUUUGAGACCCCUCCCGAGACAGCAGUGGACUCGCCACCACCGACAUCGCCCUUAGCACCAAUAUCGCCUAUUCGAUACAGCCAAGCGCUCCAACACAACCUGCCGGGUCUCGCACGGAAAUCCUCAACCAAAAGUCCCGUCGCCGCCGCGGAGUUGACAACUAUACAGUCAAGAAUCAGUCAGUUCAUGUACUCUGACCAACAGGUGCACUCGACCAAAAACAGUGAGCAGGAUAGUUCUAUCAAUGAUAUGGAGCUCUCACAGGAUUUUUCUAUGCCCCCCAACGCCCUGGAGAAAUCCACGCUAAAGAGCACUCUGCAGAAUUCGAAAGUCUCCGACGGUACUACGACUAUACUUGCGGCAAGCGUGGUGACAAGCCCUCUUGGCCGCUCGCGCUCGACGUCGGAUGCACAACACCGCAUGUUAAGCUACAAAGAUCGCAAUCAAGGCAAGGACACACAGGAUAUUAACCAGUUCCUGACAGCACAAAAGCAGUUUCGUGGAAACGCAAUAUCCAUUCCACAGAGCCCAGCACAAACGCGUCCAUCAUUGGACCAGCAGCAGGAGCGCCCGCCACCUUUGCCCUCUGUAGCCAAGAACAUUAGGGCGAGACCUUCAAUAUCACACUAUCAACCAACAGAAUCGGGUCCACUCUCACCCUCUCAGCUGCUCAGCGGCGUCAACCAUGAUGCACUGCUUCCGAAAACAAAAGAGGAGCGCCGCAAAUCCGCCAUUAGCUUUGGAGGCUACUUUUCCAGCACCGGUGAAGCAGCGAGAAGAUCCAGGAACCUAAUGGAUCAUCCCUCUACAGGACUGGAAACGGAUACGAAGGGCGAAGUUAUCCACUUGCGGAGAACUAGCUUUUUCGAGAGGGCGUCGCCGCCAGCGCUGACAUCUCUGGCUUCCCUCUUGCAGACAAGCCUGCCGUCACUGUCGCAGAGCAUGGCAGGACCAGCCUCGCCUACGCUCUCACGGUCGCCCAGCAAUGUCGUCAUGAUAUCACAGGAGCAUCGACCUGGACAUUCACGCCGCCCCUCCGGUAUGAACGGCAUCGUCAACGCAGAAGGCAGUGGCGCCUCCCGGCAUCUGGCAGCCAUCAGUGCCAGCAACACCGCCGGAGGAAGCGCCGCUGCAACGGGCGAGUCGCGGGAAGCAAAGAAGAAGGUGACACCGCUAAAGAUCACGCCUCUGUUACUGUCUGGAUUACCAAGUAUGCCCUCGCCUAUGUUCCCGCCUAUGAGUGCCUCGAUUCCUCGACCUCUGACUGCCGUACUGCCUCAUCCAGCAGCACCCAUAUUGGAUCGGUACUUUUUCAGCGCGGAUCAGGUCCAUGAAUGGAACAUCCCCAGCUAUGGGCGUGUCAAGUUCACAGACCAUGCGCCGCUGGUCUUUCAGGCGAUACGCGAGCGAUUCAACUACACAUUGGCCGACAUGGACGAGGCUCUAUCGCAGCCCAUGGCUGUGAUGAAGACCCCCGGCAAGUCGGAUGCUAUUUUCUUUGCUUCCCACAAUCAUGGUCGGUUCUUACUCAAGACACUUCGAGGUGCUGAGCCGGAGAACUUAAAGGGGUUCCUAGGCGAUUAUUUGGCACAUAUCCAAAAGCAUCCGAACACGUUACUACCACGGUACUUGGGCAUGUAUACGUUCGAGAGAAUCUCAGGGGCAAAGAUCUUGAAUGGAGGACCUGGACAACCAAAUGUCUUAGAUGGGGUCGGCGGGGGAGGAGGAGGAGGCGUCAGUGGUGGCGAUCGGGAAUACGGACUCGGAUCAAAGCUAUCUUUUUCCAAGGGCGAUGUCUCCGCUGCUCAGCGUUUGCACCUGAAUGGAACACUACUCUCUGGAAAAGAUGACGGGCUGCCUUCGAAAAUGGUGGUUGUCGUGCUAGCAAAUGUGUUCGAUACUCCGGAAGUUAUUCAUGAACGGUAUGACUUUAAGGGCUCAAAUGUUGGACGGAGAACACUUCCUGUUGAUCGGCCAAUGCGCGAAAAAUCGAUGGGACAGCAGGACAUGACGCGAGUUGAAUCAGGAAUGGGCUUCACAGAACCCGAGCCAUCACUCGUGGAUAUCGUCAGGAGACGUUCUCGUAGAGGCGAUCCAGCCUUGCGAGAAAGCCGCCAUUCUACAGCCCAGUACGAACUGGCCGGAGAGCAUAGCCAGGGUACUGGAAGGCACGCAAGCGGUGAACCUGUGCCACCUGUUACGGACGAUAUUAGUCAUCUCACACUCAAGGAAACGGAUUUCCAGAGCCGAGUCUUUACGGGAGAGACGCAGCUGAUCCAUUUGGGACAAACAAGGCGGGCAGAGGUCCUCGCUCAGUUGGAAGACGAUACUGCGCUUCUUCGUAAACAUGGCUUCAUGGACUACAGUAUGCUCGUCGGCAUCCGUAUUGUUCCAAAGGCAGGGCAGAAGGAAGAGGAGAUAUAUUCUCACUCCUCUGCUCCAUCCUCUUCUGGCCCAAGCAGACGUGGAUCAAUCUCUUCCCGUGGCUCAGAUGCAGAUAACAGCAACCUUGAAAGUGACGACGACAUAUCGCCUGUCAUCAGUAUGGCGGCAGACAAUGCGACACAGCCCAAAGGAGAAUUCGUGGAGAACCUGGAUCGAUUCUGGAAGCUGAUGGAUAUCUCAAAAGUCCUAACGGACGAUCAAAUCGCGUUCUUCAGAGAUCUGGGCGAGAGGGCACAGGAGACGCUGCGUGAGAUCUAUGCCUUUGGACAAACCUCUGAGGACCCUAUGGAGGACAAGGGCCAGCCGGCAGGGGUCGAGCUCAGACCUGUGCAGUCCACGCGCGAGAUGACAGGAAGCAGCAAUAUGGAGCGGAAGACAACUAUGGACGCAGACGAUAUCACCGAGACCUUCGAUCCGAACGAUUUUCAAACGGUGCGCUACAAACAUCGCAUCUCUGUGGCAAGAGGUCAUUCUAUUCGAAAGCAAGCACGUCAAGGCAUGGUGGAUGGUACGGAGGGUAAGGAAUCGAACAAGGAGCAUGAGCAACAGCAAAAGCAUCACAGUAAAGUCUCAGUUCCGGAUCGACCGCAGGAUUCGCUGCUCGAGCAUCCAUUUGAGCAGCAGAAAAAUCAUAACCAACCUUUGCUGGCGCAGGAACAUCAGCCAACGUGGUCUCAAGGUAUUUCUAGCGAGGGACUUCCAGACGGCUACGAGGUUGUGUACUACUUUGGAUUGAUCGACGUCCUGCAAAAGUAUAAUCUUGUCAAGUGGCUCGAGAGGAACAUCAAGGGCGCUAAUGUUCGGUUGCUCGGAGGUGCUGGCGGGACUUCAACAACGUCGGCGACAUCCCAAAAUCCAUCGGUCCCUAUGGGCCCAACCCAUCCCGGUCGAUCGACGCCCUCGAUGUCCUUCUCAGCCUCGGCGUUGUAUCAGCUCCUACCACAGGCUAGUGCAUCUGAGCCAUCAUUGCCUUCAGUAUUGGACUCUAUCCAUCCCUCGAACCCCACGCUUUCAGUUCUCUUGGAAGACUCUGGGUCGGCGCCAGGAUCAGGAAACGGAUCCACAGAACGAUUAUCGACGUCGCCUUCAGCGGCACCCAGUGGUCUGGCAGCGCCAGCAACAGUCUAUCGUGGGUCGCAUCUGGGUUCUUUCUCAUCAUCGUCCCAUUUAUCGUCCUCCGAAGAAGUAACGACCACGGGAGUGGCGAUCCAUCAUUCACAUUCGCCAUCUUCCUCGUUUUCCUCGAAUGUGAACGCGGCGUUGAACAGGACGCGGUUGAGUACCUCUGCACCCUUCACUAAAUCGAUCGCUCGGUUGAGUCAGUACAGUCAUUACAGUCAUUCAAGCCAGCAAAGUCAGCACAGCCAUCUCAGUGGGCGAAGCGGGGAUUCGAGGCUCUCGUUCGACGCCCGAGAUUCAGAGGCAAUACCGACAGUGAGCCAGAAUCAACAGAAUCAGCAGGGCUCGUUUACAGGAAGCGGUGGAUUCUUGUCAGCGUCGCCUCCAAUGAUGCUUGGCUCGCUACACUCCCAACAGCAGGAAUCCAGUUCACAUCCAUACCAGCAACAACAGCAACAGCAACAGCAGCAACAGCAGCAACAGAGGCCGCACAAUGUUCAUUAUCAGAUGCCCCAGCAUGCUGAGGUCUCGGUGGAGGAGCCAGGGCGAUACGCGGAGCGCUUAGUCGAGUUUAUGCGCGGGGCUAUUGUUUAA